ACAUGGCAUCAAUUCAGUUGUGUGGUGCAAAAAUUUUCGUGAGAAAAUGUGCCAAAUCAUGCAUUCUUCAUAUACAGUACAAAUAUGAUAUGUACUGUGACAGACAAUACCGUACAAUGUUCUCUUGGUUGCUGCUAGGACAAGGCAACAAUUUGUGUGUCUGUGUGUUUGUCAGCCCCGCUAAGAUUUGGUGCUUAAGUUUAGCGUUAGCAUUAGCAAUUAAUUUGGAGUUUAGGGAAGUGCUCAUUACAACUUGAGGGCUGAUUGUUGUCUCUUGUUUUUCUCAUCAAGUCACUCAACCAUGUUUGUUGUAAAAUGGUCGCCAAGGUUACGGUGGGCAGAUCUCGCCGUGGGAUUAAAAACUUGAUUUUGUUGACUUGAACUAAUGUUGUUUAUGUGCGGGGCGGGCGUGUCUCAACCCGGGGGGAAGGGGUGGUGGUGGGGGCGGUUCAGGCCUCCGGCAUCCUCUGUUAUAGGCUGUACGCUGGAGUCAAGAUCCAGUUGGGGACCAUGAACCUGUUCAAUCCGGCAGAGGACGAGAACGUGUCCAUGGUGCACCCCGAGUACUUCAUCAUCAGCGGCCUAUCCGGUGUCCCUCACAUCAAGCUGUACUACGUCUUCCUGUUUGUGGUCUACACGUUGUCCGUGCUGGCCAACGGCACCGUGAUGACCGUCAUCUGCCUAGACCGCCGGCUCCAGACCCCCAAGUACGUGGCGGUCUUCAACCUGGCCUUCGUGGACCUGUUCGGGAGCUCGGCUCUGGUCCCCAAGCUCCUGGACGUGUUCCUGUUAGGCAACCGCCGCGUCCCCUUCCGCAGCUGCCUGGCUUUGCUGUUCUUCUGCUACACCUGCUUGUCGAUGCAGUCCUUCAACUUGGUUGCGCUGGCCUACGACCGCCUCCUGGCCAUCAUCUUCCCCCUGCACUACCAGGUGAGGAUGACGCACCGCUUCAUGUUAUCGCUGAUCCUGGGCUUCUGGCUGCUGGUGGCGGUCCUGGUCGCGGUGGCCACGGGCCUGCUGACCCGACUGUCGUUCUGCAAGUCGGUGGUGAUCAACAGCUACUUCUGCGACCACGGCCAGAUCUACCGGCUGGCGUGCAACAGCCACUACCCCAACUACGUGGUGAGCUGCGUGUACCCGGUGGUGAUUUUCUGGCUGCCGCUGGCCUUCAUCCUGCUCAGCUACGUGGCCAUCGGCUGCACCCUGGCCAAGGUGGCCGCCGUCCAGGAGCGCCUCAAGGCCUUCCGCACCUGCGCCGCGCACCUCUCGCUGGUGGCCAUCUACUUCAUCCCGCUGCUCAUCACCUUCACGCUGAUGGAGAACAUCCACCCGGACGGCCGCAUUGUCAACCUGUCGCUCACCUCCGUCUUCCCCCCCGUGCUCAACCCGGUCAUCUACACGCUGCAGACGCAGGAGAUUAAAGAGUCGCUGAGCAGGCUCGUCAGGAGCGCGCGACGCGGCAAACAGGUCGGACGCUCAAAAGUGUGGACGGCAACCAAAUAGGAAGUACCGUCGUAGCUCAACUUACGAGUGACCUGACUCGGGAGUUUUUCGAGGUGGGGAGCAUCGCUUCUUUGCGAUCGGCGCCAGCGACACAAACUCAAUUUGUGAGGAAGUGAACAUCCUGUUCGUUAACCUGUUUAUUGCCACUUCUUGUUCAAAAACAUUGAAAAAAAUCUACGAAAAUAGAGAAUGAUAUCAUUAUUAAUAUUUUUAUCCGUUCACGCCUGAAGGUCCGUUAGCAUAAAAUGCUGACAUACAAUUAAGAAAGGCAUAGACGGCUAAGCAAACUAGCUUGGAUAUCGCGGUAUGCUUCAAUUUUAGGUGAUGCAUAUUUGAACACAAACGGUUGCAACAAAUCAUAUUCACAGCCAUUUUUUUUCUUUAUCCUCUGUGAAGACUGACAAAUUUUACUGGGGUUUCGUGAGCAGUUGUGUGAGCAUUUUCUUUUAUAUCCGGCCGCAUAUGAAUGUAUAUUGCUCAUGUAUGAAACUCAGAAAUGACACAGUUUAAACAUUUGUUGUUUCACUGAACAUGUAUCUACAUUGAU